AUGGAGGGGGAUCCAGGUAGCGGACCAUCCACCGGCCAGACGUCUUCUUCGUCCAAACCUACCCCCAAACAUGAAGCUUCUGUACCCUCUGGCGCUUCCGGAACUGGCAGUACUCCGAAUGCGCAGCUGUCUAAACGGAGGAGGGGUCUCGGCGUUGUCACACCUAAUGCCUGUACCGAGUGCCGGAAAAAGCGGGCUAAGUGCGACGGCCAAAAGCCAUGCGGUCGAUGCAAAUCGCAGAAGGAUGUCGAAUGCAUAUACGAGAUUCCCGUGCGACAAUCCAAGGAAAAUCUACGCCACGAGAUCGAAUCACUGCGACGUCAACAGCGCCAAAGCGAUUCGGUCUUCUCCGCUCUCGUCCGCCCUGAUUUAGUCGAGGAGGUCUUACAGAGACUGCGGCAGGGGCAGUCUGUCGAAGGGAUAUCGGAAUGGUUAGGUGGUGGUACUGCCUUAGCUUCUGCUGGGCCUGGGUUCGCACGGCCAGGGGAAACUAGGGGCGGAGGUACUCUACCUCCUCUUUCAACUUAUGGCGGUACGCUUGCCGGCCCCGGAGGUUAUAAUGCCAUAGGAAUGAGCCCUGCGACGGGCCAAGCGCACACUAUGAGCCAGGAUUUCGAUCAAAAUAGCCCUUGGAACUUCUCAUCGCACAGUCAGACCGUGUCCACCCGUAGCGACUCUCAUCCUGAUAUCAUGCAGUGGAACUCUGAGGCGCCCCCGCGGUCCCGUGUGGGGACCUGGCUCCAAGAGCAGUCAUCGACGGCGGAAGGACCCCGAUAUCGUGGAGUAGACCAAAUUCUUGCGCCAUUAGAUUCUCCCGAAGUGAAAGUUCCACCUGGCACGUGGACCACAGUCACCGGAGACAAUGGCUUAGUAUCGCAUCUUUUGGCGCUCUAUUUCUGCUGGGAAUACCCGACGUUUGCGUCUCUAAGCAAGGAGCAUUUCAUGAAAGACUUUAUUAGUGGAAGGGACCGAUAUUGCUCGUCGAUACUAGUGAACGCAUUGCUAGCUCUCGGCUGUCGCUUCUCGACGCAACCGAAUACGCGGGCAAAUCCGAACGACCCGCGCACCGCGGGCGACCACUUCUUCAAAGAGUCUCUGAGACUUUUUUAUCGGGAAAACGACCAUCAUACUUUGACUACUAUUCAGGCGUUAGGGAUAAUGUCUAUUCGGGAGGCGAGUUGCGGGAGAGAUUCGGAAUCCUGGUAUUAUGCGGGACAAAGCAUACGGUUAGCCAUCGAAAUGGGACUCCACCGCUUACAGAACGAUGGCGACGAGGAUGAGAUCGCCGUACAGGCCGCGACGUUUUGGGGUGCGUUUGCCUUAGACCAUGCAUGGUCCCUAGCGACCGGUUCUCUGCCGCAAUGUUCUUGCUUUCCGCAUUUGCCACCAAAGCCUGGCAUUAUUGAUGAUAUAGAAGCCUCUCUGUGGGUCCCUUAUACGGACGAUGGCGCCCCCCUGCAGCGAUCUUGCGAGCAGCCUUCGAAUGUAAGGUCUGUUUAUACAUGCUUCUGCGAGCUUAGUGAGCUUGUUCAUCAGUCGCUAUAUGUAUUACACUCUCCUGGCAAACCGAUUACAAGCAGAGACCUGCUCAGCAUUUAUACGCAAUACUUGAAUUGGUAUGAUAGGAUUCCCGAGGUUUUACGAUUAGGGCAUAACUUUACGCCUGCGGUCCUUUUCGCCCAUAUGUACUAUCACUUCGCCAUUUUGCUUCUUUUUCGGCCUUUGAUCAAGCUACGAAUUAUUGGUUCAGGCAUACUUCCUCGCGAUGUCUGUGCUCAAGCCGCUGAUGCCAUCCAAGGCCUACUUCGUUCAUACUCCCAACUCUAUACACUUCGCCGUACACCGUCAUUUGUGCCAUACUUUGUACUUACAUCCUCUAUCAUGCAUCUUGCUGUAGGUGCCGAGGCAUCUAAGGCACCGUCCACCUCUCCAGCGGAAAUGUCGAACCCUUCGACAGUGAAACCUGAAGAGACCGAGACCGAGCAUGGUCGUAGGCGAUUGUCUUCUAGCAACAGAGAUGAACUAGAACCGAUCUCGCCUUCGAGCACGAUCACUGCAAAAUUGAGCCCCAGGGUAGCUGAAGCUCUAAACCAAGGCAUAGCACACUUAACUGAGAUGGCACCAUGUCAUCAUUUCGCUCAUCAAGCACUAAACAUUUUACAAUUCCUUGCGAAAAAGUGGGGGAUUGAGGUGAAUAUACCGCCCAGUACGGGUGUAUCAGAAGAAAUUGAUAACUCGGUUCGACCGACGACUAGCAGCCUAAAUUUCUUUGCACCCAACGUCAGCGAAGACGACUUCCUUUGUUCUUGGAACACGCGAGAUAUUGGCGGUCCUGGGGGCGCACAAGGAAGGCACGGUUCACCCACACCGCAAACACAUUUCAAUCGUGGGGAGAAAAUGGAGGGCAUCAUAGAGGAUAGUCAAGAUAAGGGGGCGUCCGAACAAGAUCAAAUCCCCAGUUUUCGACCUAGGGGCGCCACUGGUCCGGUGGCGCAUACCACUAAAAACCUAGAGAAUCCAUUGUUUUGGCCAUUUCCUAUGCAGGGUCGUCCAAUGCUACCAGAGGGUAAACAGCUCGAAGAUGCCGGAUUUCGCCCUCUGUAG